AUGGCACAGGUAGUUCCCAUAGUGGAAGUAAAUCAGACCCCAAAAGGGACUAAGCAUACAAAGAAUAAAGAUGUGAAGAAAUUGAACGAUAAUGAAAGACGGUUACCGAAUGGAGAGAAAGUUGAUUUUGGACAUUCUAAAUCCAAAAAAUCCAAUAAGAAAAGCUCCAGUCCAGAGCCAGAUUCAAAGAAGAAAUCGAAUAAGAAGGAGAUUGAAACCUUAGCUAGUUCACCAUCUUUACCAAAUGGCAAUAAACCUAACUUUUAUAAUGAUAACAAUGAAAAGUCAAAGGAAUCAACCAGAAAUAAAAAGAAAUCUUCCAAUGGGUAUAAUAGCGAAUCUUCAUUACCAAAUGGUGAAAAACCAAAUUUCAAUACUGAUUCCUCAAAAUCAAAGAAAUCUGAUCAAUCAUUACCCAAUGGGGAAAAGCCUAAUUUCGGUAAUGAAAAGUCCUCUUCAAGUUCUAAAAAGGAUAAACUGAAGAAACCUGAAGAUAUCUAUGCUGGAUCCUCAUUUGGAACUUCGCCAGCCGCAUUGAAUUUGCCAAAGCCAUCUUUUAAGAGUUCUCCUAGACAAUCGAGUGGUAAUAAUGCUCAAGAUCAUUCGCCAACUUCAAGUAUUUCAACGGGAUCUUCUUCCCCUUUGAAUAGUAAUACUGUUCCAAGAUAUCCUGUAACUACAUAUCCAACAUCUUAUCCAGUGGCACCAUCUUUUCCACCUCAACAAUUUCCUCCUAAUCAAUAUAUACUUCCAGGAUUUGCAUAUAAUGUAUCACCUCAAGGAUAUAUUAAUUAUCAAUAUCCUCCUUAUCCUGCUCCAAUCCCAGGAGCAGGAGUUGCACCAUUUCAUGGAAAUGAUUAUCCAAGACCUUCUCCAUCACCAUAUGGUGGUAAUCCUGCGGUACCUCAACAUGGCAAUUCUAACGAGGGACAAAAAAUUACCUUUAAUGAUUUAUUGAGUUCGUCAAAAUGA